AUCCAUUCACUGGCUGACUGAGAUACCCACAGAUCUUGUGCUACCCUUCAUCUUGCUCCUGAACACUCACAGCUGAGAUGUCCUGCCAGCAGAGCCAGCAGCAGUGCCAAGCCCCUGCCAAGUGCCCUCCCAAGUGCCAGACCCCAAAGUGCCCUCCAAAAUGCCCCCCUAAAUGCCCUCCCAAGUGCCCCCCUGUGUCUUCCUGCUGUAGCUUGGGUUCUGGUGGCUGCUGUGGCUCCAGCUCUGGGGGCUGCUGUGGCUCCAGCUCUGGGGGCUGCUGUAGCUCUGGUGGCUGCUGCAGUUCUGGGGGUGGAGGCUGCUGUCUGAGCCACCACAGACCCCACAGAUCUCUUCGUCGCCAUCGUCACAGCUCUGGGUGCUGUAGCAGUGGUGGCAACAGUGGCUGCUGUGGCAGCAGUGGUGGCAGCAGCGGCUGCUGUGGCAGCAGUGGCAGCAGUGGCUGCUGUGGCAGUAGCCAGCAGUCUGGGGGCUGCUGCUGACCUGGGUGAGGAAGACUUCAAACAAAUGGUGCAGGAGGAGCACAUGCUCAGAAGAUUAUCCAUUGCCCGAUGUCCUCUCCUCCUGCUUCCCUCCUUGUUCUGCCCUCUGAGUUGCUGAAAUCUCCUGGGAAAUGUUCUGCAUUGUCCUCAUGAAAUGACAAUGACCAUUUUACCCUUUGUUAUAAAUUAAAAAAACCUUGACAACC